AUGAACAAGAAUCCGUUUGUUCCCCAGCCAACUUACAACCCUCCGCAACCGCCUCUGCCACCUGGCCCACCACCUGCAGCACCCCCAGACUACUCUGCAUACUGGGCAGCAGUGGCAGCUUCUGCUCAACAGCAGCAAGCUCAACAACCGACUGCACCUGUUUACACGGCACCCUGGACUGCACCACAACCACAGAGGCCACCGCCGGAGCAAAGCGCCCUGUAUGCGAAUUAUGGGUAUGGCGGACAGAAUUUGCAUUGGCAACGUCAACAGCAGCAGCAGCAGCCCUACCAACAUGUACCUCCAGUUGCCCCCCCGCUUCCCCCGCCUCCCCAACCCCAACCUCAGUACAAUCCUUACCAUGCGUCCGCUUCGCAACCCCAUAUGGCCCCGCCACAAUCUUACUUUACACAACAGCAACCUCCACAACAACCACGGCCCAGCCACAGCAUCCAUCAUACACCACCGCAAAAUCUGCCUCCCGCCAAAAGACAGCGAUUCGACGGCCCUGCAGGUCCUCCACCCCCGCAACCCCAGUUCCAACCCUCACCUCCACCCUCCAACCCGGCGGGGGCAAGUCUGUACGGUCAUGGUCAAAAUCAGAACCAACAGGGCGCUAUCCAGCUACCACUUGGUGGUAAUAGGACUUCUAUGAGUAAUCGAGGUGGUGCCGGUCCAAUGGGCGGCCGAGGAGGAAACAUGUUCAUGAGUGGCGGAGCCGGCCGCGGCGGCGGUCAGCACGGUUCACUUCGUGGUCACGGCUCCAGAGGUGGUUUUGGCAAACAAGACUUCCACAACCGCAGAGGUGGGUCGUUCGGCGCUGGACACCAUCAGGGAAAUACGGGUAAUACCAGUUUCCGAGCUCGAGGUCAUGGCCAAGGUCGCAGUGGGCGACAGGAUGGAGCGGGCAGUCACACUGGAAAUCGUGACGCGCCGAUGGCUAACUUUGGCAGCAGUGACUUUAAGAUUAUCGGGCUUGAAAUGCCUGAGCUUGGAUGGACUUGGGGAGUGCUUCCCACCGCUGUCAAAGCAAAGGAAAAAGAAGUAGUUGCCACUCUCGUCGAAUCUUCACAUCCCGUUAAACAGGAAACAGUCGAAGCCGAUACUUCCCUUAGUGGGAAAACUACUGAGCUUGCACUCAAAAGCGAUAAUGCUUAUGUGCAAAGCGGAGAGUCAGCGACUGCGGAGGUCAAAGCUGAAGCUUCCAACGUAAUGCAUACUGCACCUCCGUCUCGCAUCCGCGUUUAUUUCCACACACCUGCGUCUGCGGAUGAUUCACAUCCCAUCCCACACAAUUGCCCUUCCGCGCUCCGUGUUGCACCAAUGGACUCCCGCAAAGGGAAGCGCAAGAAACUUGAGGAUGAUGAUGCUGAUGCUGAUGCUGAUGCUGAUGCUGAUGCUGAGGAGGGACGCGAGCGUCCGCCUGUACCACACAGCAGCCAGAUGAGCGAUGCGGCUAGCAAUGAAUUUGAUAGGGUGGGCAGGGCUAGCGUUGACCCUAGCGUUGCCGAAACUGCUAGUGAAGGCGACUGGCUAAUGGCCGCUAUUGCCGAGGACGAAGCUGAAGCUGCGCACGUUGAUACUCAUGGCGAUGAUGAAGACCAACUUUGCGUGAGCCAGGUUGAGGAAUCUCAGACUGCUGUCAUUGAAGCAAACGUUCUGAAUACCGAGGCUGGCAUUGCAGGCGAUGACGGUACUGGUCUUUCGUUGCCUUUGAUGCGUCCUGAGGUCAAUGAUAACAUGGCCGUUGGCAAAUAUGGGCUGCCAGGACCCCCUGAAGGAGAUUCUUUGCGUCCAAAUUCUGACGUUGUCCCCGCACAGCGGGACAUGGAUAUUGUCCUUGUUCUUCCUGAGGAGGAGGCCAAUGGCACCACUCCAGAAGCAACACAGCCCUCGGCUGUUGGUGGCGAGAGGGAUAAUCUGUUCAAUUCUCCUCUUGCCGAGUCGUCUCGUCUUGCUUCCCAGUCAAAUGCAUCCUUGAGUUCUUCAUUCGAUGUGUCAUCUAGUCGUGCUUCCACGCAGCCUGCUACUCAGUCUGAUAAACCUCGCUCUGCGACGGAGCAGUCUGCUGACCCUGCAGGACCCUAUCAGUUGCAAGUUCCCGACGUUCAUUCGAGACCCAAGCCACUACAAGCUUUUGCUUCGCUCGCGUCUACCACAAUAGACGAUGCUCAGGAUGGAGGCCUAUUUUCGCCAGAAGAAGAGGGUAUCCCCCAACAUGGCAGAGAUAACCAUUCUGCGAACGUGAUUCCAGAGGAUGAUAAAACCGUCGGUCGCGACAACGACCAAGAACACCUCCCAGAGCCACCUGCGUCGCCCUCGUCCAACACACUGUUAUCCACCUCUUCUGGUUCUGCUUGUGGCGACUCUGCCCAGAUACCGACCACUGUUGCGCCAACGCAAGGGCGAGUGCCAUCUGCGAACCGACUGUCGAUAUCGUAUGCAGCGGGGACCCGGCGUUUGGUUGUCGACGCUGAAGUUGUCCACUAUCUUCGCGUGUAUAGGGCUGAAGGCCGCAUCGAAGUGCUUAUGACACUCGAGAAGGAAGGUGAUGACAGCAUAAAGGGCGUUUCAAUCGAGGGGCUCUCCGAAGCAACGAAGUCGUGUUCUCUUUUACCAACGGUUUGCGAGGCUUCCGGUGCAGAUGAGACAAUCCCUCCGUUUUGGAAACACUCGUUACCGUUAAAAAUGAACUUGAUUGUCUACUUGGACACAGAACGACCAUUAUCUGAACCGAAGUGGGUCAAGUCGGGCGACGUGCAGGAGUGGCUAAAGAGUAUAUUUGGACGGAUGUUUUGGGUUGCUGGUGCAGCAGCCGAUGGAUGGGAGAAGAAAAUUGAAGUCACGGAUCCAGAUCCGGCUCCGACGAUAUGGACAGUACUGGAGGGAUGGGCCGUGAAUUCACCUGUAGGAGUGCAAACUGAGCGGCAACGCUUCCUCAAGACACAUAUGACCGAAGCAGAUAACCUACUCGAGAUACUGUUGAGGCUUGUGCGCGGAGAGCGUGCCACCCCUUUCUCGCAAUCCACACCUGCUAUAUCUGCGCCAAGUAUAUCUGGGCCACUCCUUGCCGCUCUCACUCAAUCAGCUGCACAUGGUGCACAGCAGACCCAUGUUUCCCUCGCCGUCCUCGCAAUCUUCCACAUGGCGGUCGACUUUGCCGAAAAGACGAAGGGAGACAAGGGAAAAGCAGAUGCGGAAGAAAGAAUGGGUGAAAUCAUUCGCUAUUUGAGCUUCAGAUAUCUUCUACUACGAUGGUACGUGGACAGGUCGAACGGAUUGUCCGUUCAGCAUGGUGACGAACUUGCGCAGUUUAGGAAUACCUACGACUCGGAUAAUACUGUCUUUUCACCCCAGGGCCGUCUUCAUCAGGUCGAAUAUGCCCUUGAGGCCGUCAAACAAGGAUCUGCAGCGGUCGGCCUGCGAUCAAAGACACACGCCAUCCUUUUGGCUCUGAAGCGCUCCACUGGAGAAUUGGCAUCGUACCAACAGAAGAUGUUCCGAAUAGACGACCACGUUGGUAUCGCUAUUGCUGGUCUGACGUCGGACGCACGAGUACUCAGCAACUUUAUGCGACAACAAGCUAUGAGUGAGCGCAUGGUCUUCAACAGGCCAAUGCCAGUCAACCGUCUCGUGUCCACUAUCGCUGACAAGGCACAAGUGAACACCCAAGAAUACGGUCGGCGACCUUACGGUGUCGGCUUCCUUGUCAUUGGACAGGACCAGUCCGGACCGCACCUCUUUGAAUUCUCGCCAUCCGGAAAUUCAUAUGAAUACAUCGCCAUGUCUAUCGGUGCGCGCAGUCAGAGUGCCAAGACUUAUCUCGAGAAGCAUUACAAGAGUUUUGAAGACUGUACUCUGGAAGAGCUCAUAAAACAUGGUCUCCAUGCACUCAGGGAGACCCUCCAGCAAGACAAGGAACUCAAUGCGAACAACACAUCCAUUGGUAUUAUUGGGCCCACCGGUUUGCAUGAAAAGCCGUUAUCUCCGCCAGGUAAAUUCCGCAUUAUCGAAGGUGAACCCGUUGCAGUAUACCUACAAAACAUGGAUCGGAAGGAGCCAGGUGAUGGAGCACCAGUAGCCCCUGCAACGGCAGACGAAGAUGUACAAAUGACCGGAUAG